AUGGCAUCGGACGCUUCCGCCUUUACCGCGAUUGACCCCCCGCCCGCAACGCGCGCAGAGGCGACCCCUCCUGCUAUCAUCCCUUCAGACGACGCUGCUAUCAGAUUGCUCAAACGGCCUCGUUCAACGUCACCUUCAUCGCCGCGCUCUCUCGUCGCGCAGUCGCAGGGACUCCUGGGACUUGGAUCACCGGCCAAGUCUGCCCGUUUGGCACUCGCGUCGAGUAUUUCUCCGACGCCUUUGACCGCGGCAGCUGCCCUCGAAGACGAGCGCCGGCGACGCGAAGUUGACGAUCACGACGACGGGACACGAGCCCCAGCACCCACGAGCGACAAUCCUAGCCACCGAGUUCUAACUUCCCUCAUGUCUGGAGCGGUUCAGGCUAUGAGCCGCCCUGCUGACGCGCCUCAGCUAGCACCAACAGCUACCAUGGACCCAUCUCCAAAGCCUACAAACCCCGUGUCGCUGGCGCAAACCGCGACAAGUCAGGUUGAAGAGCAUGGCGCACCAAGUCCACAGAGCACCAACAGCCUUGUUGGGGUCCCUGUUACCGAAAGCCCGACUCCAAUGGAAGUGGACGUACCCAAAGUUGAUCAGCAGCAGCAUCACCAGUCGUUACAGCAAGUAGUCGGGCAGGAAGAGAGACAUCAGCCUGGAUCCCUAUCUUACCCUGGUUCUCUUCAGGCUACGGGCAACCUGACAGAAACCCCAACUCGAGGCAUGAGCUUUCCGAUGCCUACCCCAGGCCAGACAUCUCCUACAUCAUCUGGGUCAAAGAAGCACAAAUGUCCUUACUGCAAUACUGAAUUCACACGCCACCACAACCUCAAGAGCCAUUUGUUGACGCAUAGCCAAGAGAAACCUUACGUUUGCACGGAAUGCCAGAUGCGUUUCCGUCGCCUGCACGACCUCAAGCGUCACGGUAAACUGCACACUGGUGAGAAGCCCCACGUUUGCCCCAAGUGUGACCGAAAAUUCGCUCGCGGCGAUGCGCUCGCUCGUCACUCUAAGGGCGCUGGUGGCUGUGCUGGGCGGCGAUCCAGCAUGGGUAGUUUCGUCGAUGACAACGAUAUUGAGACCAGUCUUGGCGAAGCUGAUGAAUCGGCCAUGUCUGGACUUGCGUACGAUAACGCUGAGGAAGAUGAAUUGAGACGUCAAAGUUUACCAAGCAUCACCGCCCAGCAUGUUGCAGGAGCACAAGUUGAUGGCUACAACACCCAUGCUCGGACAUAUCCACCACCUGGUGCUCGACCUGGGACUGGGGGACUUUAUCCCCCCAAUGUCAACCAAAAUCAGGCAAAUUCCAACCCUUCUCAGUCUGUCGCCAACAACAUUGCAGGGCACAAUUCUACCGCGGGAAUCGCAUCCGUUGCGGCCGCCAAUGCGAACAUGUAUUCCCAGACUGGUAUUACAGAGUCUCCAAAACCCUUGAGCCCUGGGGUGCAAGGACAUGACUCCAAUAAUUUGGCGCGCCAGCGCUCUCCUAGUUUGACCCAGCAGCUGCAGCAGGCGCAGUUUGGACGUCGAGCAUCGGAUUUACAGUCACCGCAUAACUCGCAGCCCCGACCCAAGCUUCCCGGUUUGUCGCAUCCUGAGUUCGCGGCGCCUGGGUCAACCGGCUUCUCUCACACCCGGAGCGGCAGUGGCGCGCAGUCUAUCAACGACAGCGGAAACAUGUUUGCUCAGAGUGAUCCGAGUGUGUGGGCGUAUGUUCAGGCGCUAGAGGAGAAAGUCAAGGCGCUUACAGAUAAGGUUUCGACUUUGGACCAUGUCGUUGCAGACUUGAAACAACAGAUGGAAACACGCGAUGCCGCCGCGGCGGCCGUCGCCAAAGUAUAA